CUCGAAUUUCACACAGAGAUACGUCGAGGGGCGGAUAAAAAAGUUACGAAAGCAAACAGAAUCACUGCUCCCGCUUCUACUGAACUGGAGCUGAAUGUUCGGAGCAAAUGAAGGUGUCAAAAUGACAAGCAGAGACAGCUAAAAAAGCAACAAAAAAAACCAAUGCCCCUCCACACACACACACACACAGAGAGAGAGAAACACUCAAGCGGAGAGUUGACUCUGGCUGGACAUGCGAUGGAUGGAUGACUGCCUUCCUGCCAGUUCAGCCAGCCUCCUGUCUCUCCACACAGCUCCACACUUCUGUCUCUCUGCCUGCCGCCCACUAGCUGGCGUGGCAGCUCCACGGGUAAACGGCAAAGCGACAGCAACAUUUGCUAACUUUGCUGCAACGACAACGACGCGAAAGCGACAAGAGCAACAAAAGAAACGGAUACUACAUAAAUGUAUCUGUAUCCAUCUAUUCGAUGGCCGUGCAUUGUAUUGCAGUUACGUGCCCGAUGGUCCAGCAAAAUGGAGACAAAAAAUCUCUAAAACAAAAUCGGCAAAACAGAAUACGAAUCGUUUUCCAAAUGGAACAACCUGAAUACACUCUCCUGAAACAAUAGGAAUCGAUGGAAACAAAAGAGAAUGUCUGGCACAUAGCGAUUCGAUUCCAGUGGAGCAGAGGAGUGCGUACAUAUCCUGUGAAAAUAAAACAAGAAUUUGCUGUGCAUU